UUCGUCGAAUUAAAGCGUCGCUUGUGGAUAAAGUCUCAACAGGUUCGACUCAUAAAUAUUUAUGCCAUAGCUCUCUAGGUUUGUAUUACGUCGGACUCCGACGUCAGCUCUCCGACGGCGCUUCAAUUGUUCAUUCGUAGAAUCAAAACGUGCUAACUUUCAUCACAACGAUUACCGCUUACGCAAUUAAGUUUCCGGGACAGGAAAACAUGAGAUCUAGCCGUCAGAACGAGAUUUGCCGGUACCGAGUCGACGCCAGCUGAUCGGGGUCUUGAUGAUGAAAUGGAAGAUUUUAGUCUGAGACGAUUUCAUACUAACCCCUUGGUCCACAAUAGCUGAAUUCCCGAUUAGGCAAUGGAAACGAAUUGCAACAAAGCCGCUAAGACGUCAAGACGUCGAGACAGACCGCUAUCGCGAUCUGAUGUCAUGAAUGCCGUCAUUGUCUUUCAUGUUGUGUGUGAUGGCGCACAGCUAGCCGUAGCUGCAAUAGCUCCAGGUGGUAUUGUUGUUAGAACGCAAGGGAUGUAUUCGAAUCUCAAACCAUGAGCUCAUCUACUCUGCAGCACCUCUAGACAUUUAAGACACUACUCCUCCCAUUUCACAGUAACAAAGUCUAUCCUUACUUAAGAAAUUACACGAUAACUUAUCCAUUACAGCCAUUACUAACUUAUUCCCAAUAACUUUCCACUUUAAGCAUAAUGACUUCAUACACAUCACAAGAACCGGAGCAUAUUCCAGGCUCCUUCCCAACAGACGACAUGCUUUCCACACCCGUCGAACACACAAACCUCGCUUCUUCAACACCUCAUUCACAUCACAAUAAAUUGCAUAAACGCGAUGAUCCCAGGGGGUGGACCGACGAGGGCAAGACUGCUCACGGACACCAGCAUACUGACUCCAGCGUUGGCCUUACCGACAGGAGUGGCCUAGACUAUGAUACUCGAAAUAUAGUCAACGAAAAGGCUUUCCACUCAAACCAAACUCCUUUACAAGGACAUACAGAACAAGGCAAUCCAUCCAGCAUCACUGAUUCACAGAGAGCCAAUCAACAUGAAAUCCACAGGAAACCCGGCGUCAUGACUGGCGCCUACAGUCAACUUGACGAGGACAAUAAUCUCAACCAUCCCAAAUCAAAUGCGCCAUAUUCAACCCAGCAACAAACCGGUGUAGCUAGGGGUGUCGUUGGCCCGACUCCAGGAACAGGCGUCUUAGUUACGCCAGAGGCUGAGGCCAAACUAGGAAAUGACAAUCGUAACAUGGUCAAGCAGAGUCUUAGGCAUUCAAGCGACCUCGAACAUGAUGAUCCAUAUUGGGGCGAUGUUCCCUAUGGGACUGGAACUUACAACACCAUUACUGGUCACGGAAGCUCCGAGACACCUGACAUGGGGUCCGUUCAUCCCCAUGGUUCCCAAUUACACCAUGACCGGGAGCAGUCAAACCCCCUUUCCACUGGCCACAUCACUCCCCAUGACGAAUUAGCCAGCCACAACAGUUCGAAAUUCAAAGAAGGCGCUGCUACUGGUACUGCUGCUGGUGCCGCCGCUGGCGCUGGCCUCGCGGCCUCCAAGCUUCCAGAACACCAAAAAGGUCAUCAUCAUGAGAAAGCGGACAUGGAAGAGUCCUCUUCUCAUAAGAAUGAUGACAACAGCACCUCGACCGGAAGCAAAAUUCUUAGCUUUUUCCAAUGGGACAAUAAGGAAAAGGAUAGUAGGCCUGAGAGACAUGAGGUUGAGAAAGAACAUGAGCCCAAACAACAAAAGCCAAUCCACAACGACAAGCCUCUCACAAAGAGGGAUGCCGGAGCAGCUCUUGCCGCAGCUUCGGUGGCAUCGGGUGCUAAGGAUAAUGAUCGUAAACAUGAGGACAGCAAAACUGCGUUAUACGGGCAUCCGGAUGAUAAGUUUGACAGUCGUGAUGUCGUAGCGAAGGAUUCCUACGUUACUACUGGCAAUACCGGUCCUCACACUCAGAGCACCUCGCAGAAUACUAACAAGGUGCUACCGAUGUCCGACAAUACGACUAGGAGGGGUCAUCCUUCCAGUUCCCAAGUAGAGCCUACAGAACAUAAAGACUCAAAGUUUGCUUACGGCCUUGGAGCUGCGGGUAUAGGAGCAGGCGCUGGGUAUGCUAUUCAUGAGCAUGCCAACAAAGACAACAAUCCUAACAGACAUUCUACGCAGCCGGCGUACGAGAACACCAUGGUGCCACCACCCAAGGCAUCUACACAGCCGAUGCAUUCAAGCCACAUCGACGACAGGGCUCAACAUAGUAUGGUUGCGGGUACAGCAGCAUCUAUCGCAUCCUCAGGACAGAGGCAGACAAUGCCACAAACCAACCCCAGUGCCCAAUCUUCCCACACAGAUCCCAGCCACCAGCCUCAAUACUUCAUCUUGCCGGAUGGAACUCCGUCGGGUAUGAAUAUUGGCGACCACUCGGGUGCACAGACCCACUUGGGUGAACAGAGGAACACGACGACCGGAACCUCAAGUGUCGCACGGGACGUCGCAGCAAAGGGCGACCACACCGGUGCCAAGCUCGCCGCAGCUGGCGCAGGUGUCGCCGGUGCCGGCACAGCCGCUCAUCACGCCAACAAGCAGAGCCACGGCAAGAACACGACGACCGGGUCGCGCAAGGCUAUGGAUCUUGAUUCAAACAACGUCCAUGAACCGUACAUGCAGGCCGCAGGAGCUCAAUCCCACAUUCCGACUGCUACCAGCCAUCACGGCGAGCAGCAGCAUAUCCUCAGAGACACCAUGCGUCCCAGCAACACGGCCCGCGACCAGCACGCUGACAAUAAUCUUGCCGUUUCAUCGCCGGGCGCUCCCGGUACUAUAAAAGAUGGUAACCGUACGGGAGCCAAAGGCACUGCCGCCGCUGCUGCAGGUGUAGCCGGAGCCGGAGCCGCAGCGCAUCACCACAAUAGCAAGAACGUCUCUGACAAUAAUGCCGCGCCUUCUAGCACGACCCGCGAGCAGCGUUCCGCUACGACCAGCUCCCACGCCCCGCACAGCGCGUCCUCGACUACUAAAUCGCACGCCCGGAACCGCGCGUCGACGGACUCGAGUCAUGACGGGCAGUACAAUGUUCUUUCGUCCGGGACGCCUUCCGGUAUUAACCGCGAGCAUCUCGGACACGAACAUGGAAGUUCGGAUAGUGGGGAGGGACUCGGUGGUUUCGAGACUGGAAGAAACGCGGUUCAUCCCCCGGCUAUGGAAACAGGGGCGGGUAUUGGUGCUGCGACGAAGGAGAAAGAGACGGGGACGGGGUUGAGGAGGACGGGUAUGGCGGCCGGUGCUGGCGCUGGUGCUGGUGCUGGCACAGGGAUGGCUGCUGCUGCGGCUUCGGCGUUGAAGGCUGGGGAUCGUGUGGUGCAUCGGUGUGGCAAGUGUGGUGAGGAGAAUGAUAUUACGGGGUAUUUCCGUGAGUGAUGGAUGAUGAUGGGGUGAAUUGAAUGACGAGGCAUGAGUGUGAUGAAUAGGGGUAUGUUGGGCCAUGAACUGGGGUUCUGCUGUUAAUUAUGAUCUGUUUUGCACUUGUUUUAAAUAUUGAUAUCGAUUUCAUGGGAAAAUGUCAACAAUACGUAUAUGAAGAAAAGUGGC